UACAAAUUUUUAUAAAUGUCGCUAGAAAGGUUUAUUGAUUUCAACUUACAAGAUAUUACUCAAAAGAUCAUCUCACCGUUUGGAGUUCAGUGUUUUCUUUUGGAAAAUUUACAAUUUGGACAGUUUGGGGGGGGGGCUGUUAUACUUCCUGUACGUUUAGGCGUAUGGAUGCUGUGCAAAUUGUAACUCUACCCAGUGUCGACAGUUUGUAUCUUCCGAUACCAAACAACUAUUCGAUAAUACAAAAAAAAACUUUUCUCUGCAGUUCUACCGCCAUGAUAUGGCAAAAGGAAAAAAAAAUAACUGAACAUUUUGGACAGAAGUAUUUAAAUCAAAACUGUUGAAUGAUAGUCAUUUCAUUUUCCGAAGAUGUCAGACAGAUUUUCCAUUUCUGUGGGAACCUCAUUGGUAUCGCUUCUUCAUUGAUAUCGACUCUCAGUGGGUUUUUAUCGAUCGAUUCACUCGGUCAACAAACAAGAAUUCAAGAUGGCGGAAAUAGAGCGUCGGUUUCUGGGCAGCGGUCGAUCUAGGCAGCGUUCACCGUAUUGUGAUCCUUACGGAGGAGGCGAUGAAGAGAGAAUGUUGAUGGAAGACAUGCACCAUACUGUGAGCCAGACAAAAGACAAGAUUGGGAGCUUACGACAGGCUUUAGCAGAAAAAAAUCAAGUGAUCAGAAGGGAGCGUGCCCUGCGGAAAGCCGCAGAGCGUCGCGAGCUUGACAAAUCUACUGAGGCUUCCUUCAUUGAUAUGUAUGCCGGCUCCAAUCCAUCCGUCAAUGAAGAGCUGAAAGACUGGCUGUCACCUGCUAAGCAGAGAGAUCGCAUACUGAGGGAUGGUAAACCGCACCCUAAAGAGAGAGACCUCCAGGAAAAAGCAGAAUCGGCCAAGCGGUCCCCCUCAGAAAACAAAGGGGUCGACCAGACAGAUGCCGCUACAAGGGAUGACCUGAGCGUGACCUCUGACGAAGGGAUGAGAAUGGAUGAGAGUGAGGACGGAAGGGAGAGGCAGGGACGACGAUUCCGGAAGCCCAGGAGAAGAACUCGUGACGAUUACUACCUAGACAGCCGUCCUGACUGGAACCCUAACUUCACCAUGCCCCCUGCCCAUGGCACCUGGUACCCUCCUGUGAUGGGCCACUACUCGGUGCCACCCAACCCGUGGGUCAGCCCGCACCGCGUGAUGGUACCCCCCGACCAGGCUGGGCAGUGGCACUCAGUGGGGCCCAGCUAUGGUCAGUUUGCCCACAGUGAGCCCAAUCUAGCCAGCGGGCCGCCCCCGCUGGUCCGCAGACACAGCGAUGUCGGGCAGGCUGCACCCAAGUUGAUGGAGACUUCUACCCCAGAAACAAGGAACACAUCCAAAGAGAUUGAAGAUAAGUCCAAGUUGUCACCAGGUGCUACUGCCAACCAGCUUGGGCCGCAGGUGACCAGCACGCCCAUCAGGGUAGUGGUCGACAGGGGAACGAGUGCCAAGAUGGACUUUGAGGAGGGCGUGCCCAUGCUGUUGUCAGAGCUAGGGUCAACCAGAGAUGUCAACAAAGAGUUGCAGGAGAGACUUCUAGAGACAGAGCAGGAGAUUGAGUCCAUGCGGCUGUCUCAGAGCCUGACGGAGGCAACACUGGAGGCUCGGGUAGCUGCUAGAGCUGCUGCUGUGGUGGAAGAGAUUUAUGCAGCUCAGAAGGAAAGAGACGAAGCCAUCAUGGCCAGGCUGCGAGUGGCCAACGAGGAACGAGACGAGUCCAUAGCCAGGUUGCGCAGGCUGGAAAAUAAGGACGAUUUUGACUCAGGGACAGAUGUGGAUGAUGAUUAUGGCCCCUCAGACAUGAGCAUGGGCGACUUGCUGGCAAGGCUGAGCACGUCAGACACAGGGCCGGAGAUAGCCAUGUACGGCAAGUCCAUCCUGGGUCAGAUUAACCGGGUCAAGACUAGCAAGGGGCGCAUCGUUGCCGAGGAGAUGCGGACGAUCAUCCAGGAAAAGGAUGCAGCACUGGCCAAGUGUAAGAAGCUGGAGAGAGAGGCCAUUGAGCUGAGACGGACUGCUGGAGGUCUGGCUGCUCUGAAUAAUAGUGAGCAGAGCCAGAGGACUCAGUUGGAUGCCACAAGACAGGAGAGAGAUGCAGCAUUGGCUAAAGCACGCAAGAUUCAAGAAGAACUUGAUGAGGUCAAAAUAUACUACAGCCUCCACAAGUCCCUCUCCCAGGAGGUUGAGCUCCGGGACCAGUUCAACAACACCAUCAGUGACAUGACGGAGCAGGUCAAGGUCAGUGACCAGGUCCUGGCCCAGACCAAGUUGAGCAACAGCCAGCUGGCUGCCCAGGUCAAGCAGCUGCAGAACGAGCGCAGUGCCAUGGCCGCCCAGCUGCAUCAGGCGCUGCAGGCCCAGCGAGAUGCACAGGCCAAACUCAAAGAAAAGGAAAGAUUGAUUGCAGUUCUGAGGAAGAAAGUUGCAGAGGGAACCGUCAAAACUGUGAACUAGAUUCCUAAAUUCUCAAAUUGGAUCCAUCCUGCAUGUAUGAUUGAUCGAUCAGCGAUUCUCAACACCGACCCCCCCCACCAUCCGCUAUUGACAGAAAGAAAAGCAAACAGCCUGUCCAAGAGAAAUAGCCGUAUGAAUAGAUAUGUAAUUCAGCCUGCUGUGUCGUUAGUAUCUAUCUUUUUUACUAUCUUUCUUUCCCUCCCCUCUCCCCAAACCCAACAUCUGAUGAUGGCUGUUGCAGCUGUUUGCAUUUGCACACUGCGUUGGAGACGCGCUUGGCAGCCUGGCCAUUCCAUUUGGACAAAUAUGGAUUUCUUGCCUUGGCACAAGGAGGCCCAGGGUGUUUGCCUGUAGACACUGAAGAAAAGUCUCUGUCCACCGACGACAAAUGAGAACAAACAAGCCUUGAAGUUUCAGGCUCUCAGAAAGGCAAAAGGAAAAAGGUAAAAAGAAAAAAAAAUCUGAUAAGGUCCCGAUCUGGACUGAUAUAUUGCCAAUUCUGAUCAGGGAGCCCCCAGCCACAAGAUUCCUUACUGUUGGUCAACAAGGCUUGGGUUUACCUCAGUUUCUUUUCUGUUGUGAGCCUAAAGAGGCCUUUGGUGUUUGUCAAGAGGAGCAGAUCGGUCGGGGAAGUGUCAGCUAUGAUACGUUGGAAGAAAUCCCCAUGUUUGAGUGGAGACAAUUGCUUCACUUGAUGAAUUGUCAAUCUCUGGUCACAUAACCCUCCAAAUCACUCACAGAGGAUGACCUGCGUGGUAUCACAUUAUGAGGAUGUCAUUAUUUAGAAAAAAUUGUCGUAUUUUGUCUGCUUUUGAAACAGUUUACUUGGAAUUAAUUUUUCUGUUUUGAAGUUU